AUUUCUGCCUCCAUGUCCUCCUCCACCUCUGGCAGCUCCUCGGACUCGGAACGGGCCUCGUCCUCGUCCCCACCUCCUCCAAAACGGGCGCGCGUGUCUGAUGAUGCGGACAGCGAUGACUCGGACAACGAGGAGAACUCAGACGGCUCAGGCGAGGAGUCCGACGCCGGCGAGACCAGCGACACUCCCGUGCUCUCGCAUGCUGAAAAGCGCAGGCAGAAGAAGAAGGACGAGGCUAAGGCGGGCGGAGUCUCUGCGGAAGGCUCAGACAAGAAGAAGGUGAAGAACUCGGCCGACCUGCCUCCCUCGAAGGUGCCCAAACGGCAGAACUCGGUAUGGAUUGGCAACCUCGCGUUCAAGACCGACGCUGCGGCGCUCCGAAACUUCUUCGAGGGCGUAGGGGAGAUCACGCGAAUACAUAUGCCCAUGAAGAUGGUCACGGGCGGACCGCAGGAUAGGCGUCCGAGGCAGGAGAACCGCGGUUUUGCGUAUGUGGAUUUUGCGACGCCCGACGCGAAAACGGUGGCGAUCACGAUGUCAGAAAACAACUUGGACGGACGGCGUCUGCUCAUCAAGGACGGCGAUGACUUCAAGGGUCGACCCGCUCCUGUAGCAGCAGCCCCAGGCGCAGACGGUGCAGAGGCCGGCGCCCCCACAGUCGCAGGCAUCUCAAAAACCGGGCAGAAGAUCCUGCGCGUGCAAAAGCAGCCCCCGGGCCCCACGCUCUUCUUCGGCAACCUCGGGUUCGAGACGACGGACAAGUCUAUCCGUGCACUUCUGGACUCGCACCGGCCUAAACCCACCGUCGAAGCCGCCGCGGAAGGCGACGCCGCUGACAAGUGGAUCAGGAAGAUUCGCAUGGGCACGUUCGAAGACACCGGAAAGUGUAAAGGCUGGGCAUUCGUGGACUUCACGACCGCAGAGCACGCCACCGUUGCGCUCACGAACCCGCGCAAUCACCAGCUCGACGGCCGCAAGCUCGUUGUCGAGUACGCCUCGCCCGAGGCCGUCCGUCGAGGUGGCGCCGGGCCGCGCCCGGAGAGAAAGGAGCAGUACACAGGGAAGCGCGCCCGCGCCGCCGCCGAUGCCGCCGAGGGCGAGGACACCGGCUCGCCUGCGAAAAGGCAGCGCUUCGAGGAUGCAGAGGAGGGGGGCGACCGCGGACGGAGAGGGGACGGCGCAGGGAGGGGCGGGAGGGGCGGCAGAGGGGGAAAGGGCCCGCGUCCACGGACGAGGCCCGGUGCUGCGCUUGCUUUGGCAAAACGCGAGGAUGUCGCGAUCGUUCCCAGCCAGGGGAAGAAGACUGUAUUCUAG